CAAACAAAAUUUUUAAGUGACAGACAAAUAUAAAAAACAGCAAAAAUAUAAAUAAAAAUAACUUGAUGAUAAUUUUAAACACAAACUGACCUAGUUAAUAUAUUUGCAAAAAAAAAACUAGAAACAAUCCCAGCAAAGCUAAUUAAGAUCUAAAAUAAAAUUUUUUAGGAGCAAAUUGCAGAUCUGGCUUGAAGAAAAAAAAAUAAAGUUUUAUUUCGAUAGAAGGUGCUUCUCAUUUCGUCCUCCUUUCCACACGUCUCCGCAAAACAAGUUAGAAGUUUCUUUGUGUCUAAACAAAGCCAACGUUUCCUGUACGAAGUCGAAGUCCUCCUCUGUGUUUCGCGAACGACGCAAUAAUGCCAGCUGAUUCAGUUUCAAGAAUGGAUUCUAACAGUUCUACCAAUGAAGGAAGUAACAUGGAAAAUAUUUUAAGUUCUUCUCCUGUUGCUACUAGCAUGAGAUUAAGAACUGAUAGUGAAGGAUCUGAUCAAGCACGAUUCUUGCUUCCGAGUACCGAUGGAAGUCCACCAAAAGUCGUGACUCUAAAUGAACUAACUCAUGUGGUCAAUAAUAUUGAAAACAUGUCAUUAGUACAUGAAAUAGCUGUAAAUCCGGAUUUUAAGUUUGAGCCUUAUGAACCACCAGAGAACAGCUUGGAACGUCGUAUUAAGGAAGUAAUGCAUAAAGUUUUCUGGGACAUUUUACGUGAACAACUCAAUUUAACUCCACCCAAUUACGACCAUGCAAUUCAAUUAUUAGCAGACAUCAAAGAGUGUUUCCCACAAAUUAUUCCUUCCAGCAACAAACGUGCCUUGGAACACAUCAAUGAAGUUCUUGAUGCAAGUGUUAUCCGUCAACAAGCUGAACAGGGUGUACUUGAUUUCAAAUCUUAUGCUAAUUUUGUCAUAACAAUUAUGGCAAAAUCUUGUGCCCCAGCAAGGGAUGAACAAGUAAAAAAGCUAACUGAAAUCGAUGAUGUUGUUGAAACUUUCAAGGGAAUUCUAGAAACAAUGACUGUUAUGAAACUGGAUAUGACCAAUUAUAUGUUGAAUUCAGCAAGAAAUGAUAUUUUAGCAAAUUCAGUUGAAUAUGAAAAGGUCAAGUUUAAGGAGUAUUUAGAAUAUUACAAGUUUGGCUUCCCUAACACAGACAGUUGGUUGCGACGUAAUCAAGUUCAAACACAAACCGGAACCUUAUUGAGUCCAGACCAAACCAUAUACAACGCCUACAUGGAACUAAUGAACUGGUCUGAUCCAGAGAAAUUCCCUGAAGUACUUUCUGUUGACAAGGACCGAAUUUUGAAAUUAGGUCAGAGAGCAAAGCGAUUGUGUGCUAGCGCAUCGUUGAUUUCUAUUUGUUCAGCAGUACCAAUUAUUUCACAACGCACAGCAAAUCGCACAACACUGGCCAAGCAGAUUGAAAUUUUACUUCAAAGUGUUACCAACGAAAAGGAACUCUCUGAGGCAAUUGAAAACAUUUGGAUUCAAAUUAAGACAUUCAUAAACUCCAAACUCACAGAGGAGAAUGAAAAUGAAAUGGAUGCCACUGCCGAAAACACGCUUAAAACUCAAAUUCUUCAAAUUGGAAACAUCGAUUCACCUGUUCGUAAUUUAUUAUGGAAACGUCUGCAUGCCUACUUUAGGCUUGUGCUAGGUGCAAAAGCUGGCACUCCACCACCGCCACCUGGCUACACUGAUUACCAAGAUGAAUUACAGGCAUUCGCUAUUGCCUUGCGACGAGUUAUUCUCUAUAAUCACUCAGUAUUUGGUGAAUAUUUCCUACAGGUGCUUACUAAUCAACGACCAGGAGCUGCAGGUACUUCGACUUCCACAAAUACGGAUCCACUGCCAAGUACAUCUGCGAACUCAACAACCCAACCAUCUAACGAAAAUAAAGAAGAAACGAAGAAUGAGUAGUUCAAUUAAAUUUUCGUUUACUGUGGAUGGUAAGUUUGGUUGGGGUUUCUGGACAAAAAAUAAAAAAACAACAACAAAAACAAAGGCGAAAGUAGAAAUAUGCUGUGCCGAUGCUACAUAAACUGACCCACCCAGAAGAUGUAAGCAGUGUACAUUCUACAUUAAUUUAGAUGAUACUAAGAGACAACCCUGCCAUGCUUUUGGAGUGAUAUAUCCGAAUGGUUGAGACAAAGUUAAGAAAAUCUCAUGAAAUAAAAUAACAAAACAAAUAAUUAAGAAAAAAAUAUAUAUUAUGCAUUAAUAACAUGAUGUGCUAAAAUAAUUAUCAUUGAUAGACACAAUACUAACAACGAACACACAAUAAAUGUUUCUUUGUAAGACAACAA